CAUAGGCGGACGGAAGGCGGAAGUGGAGGCUUCGAGACGGGCCGCAGGGGCCGCGGGAGGGGGAGCAGCGCCCCCUCUCGUUGCCAGGGCAACGGGGCCAGGUUGACAGAUUGGGGAUGGCUGUAACUUAAUCCUUCUCAAGGCCAGAGUAAUCCUGGCGCCACGGCACCAUGGAGAACCCCCGGUCUAGAGGGCUGCGUGAAUCCAAACCAGACCGUUUUGGCUUGGCCAGGAGUGUUCCAGACAUUGGCGGCCCUUGUGGGACUGAGAAAUGCUCAUUCGCAGGUGGGGAUGCAAGAAGCGGCUUGCUCACUGGUGUCUAGAACUCUCAAGGGUGCUCUGGUUCCAAAGUCUGGCCCAGAAGAGAGAUGCCAGUUUUGGAAGCAAUGGGAACUAGUGGGCUGGCUCCUAAAAAGACUGAGACUUCGGGUGGGGAGGGAAGUACUAAGGAAACAGAAACUUCUUGGAAAGGAAGUGGUGACCAAGAUAAUGGUGGUUUGCACUUUACUGGCGACAGUGCCCCUGGCGAUGAAGCUGGCUCUUGUAACUGCCUGGGAGAGACCUCUGAUCCAUCUGGAACUUAUUCAGAGACGGGGAAUCAUUUAUGUGACUUCACUUGCCAGCAUUGGGCUUCGGGCUCCACGGAGAAGACGACAUCAAAGUUACUGCAAGGCGAGGAGGAAGAUGUCAGAGAUGACACGGCAUCAAAGGCCAGGGAGGAGCUUCCUGACUGUGUUAAGGCUCCUGGGGGAAGGAAGAUUACUCGGCAGCAGAGACACCGGUCUGCAGCAAAAGACAAGGGGGAAGGACGAUUUGCACUGCCCGGAGGGAAACAUAGGCAAAGUAGGAAGAGAAACGAUGGUGGGAGGUCCCGUGUCCGAGCGGAGCUGCUCAAGCUCUUGGAGGGGUUGGCCUCUUUCUGCAUUGCCUGCUUCAAGUUAUUCAUCCAGUUGAUUGUGCAGGUCACCCACAGGUGUGGUGAGGGUGUGGAAGCUGGUGGGAAGUUCCUCUACUCCUGUUGUUCCUUCAACCAGUGUGACAUAGACACCAUCCAGACUGGCAUGAAGAGUUGGAUCCAGCAUGCUAAACUGAGUUACAGGAAACUGAUGCGCCAUCUAGCCUCAUGGGCCAGCCUGACUUACCACCUGCUGAAGAUGCUCUGUGCUGUGCUUUUUCUGGUGCUCAUGCUUAUCUUGGGGAGCCUGAGACUCUGCUGGCAGGUCUCCAAGUCAGCCCUUAGCAGUGUCUUGGGUAGAUUAGCUCACACUAGCCAUGGGGCCUGGCUUCUCUCAGCUCUUGACUUGCCCAGAGUUUGGGCUUUCUUCAAAGAGAGCAGGACUUACGUGUGGGUGGCAAGUCUGUUGCAUAAGUGGCAUGCCCUCCUUUGGACGCCCAAGGGAUUAAGGACCAACCAGCCAGGGGACACUACUUUCAUUGGGUCUUCUGGCGAAUCUGGGCAGUACCAGCCUGGAGAAGUGGUGGCACGUUUGCUGGCUAUGGCACAUACUCCUGAAGAAGAGCUGAAUCCUUUCCAGGUGUUAGGCUUAGAAGCAACAGCAUCAGAUGCUGAGUUGAAGAGAGCGUAUCGGCAACUGGCUGUACUGGUUCAUCCGGACAAGAAUAAGCACCCGCGGGCAGAGGAGGCCUUCAAGGUACUACGGGCAGCCUGGGAUAUCGUCAGCAAUCCCGAGAGGAGGAAGGAAUAUGAAAUUAAGCGCAUGGCAGAAACAGAACUGACCAAGUCAAUGAACGAGUUCCUUUCCAAACUGCAGGAUGACCUGAAAGAAGCCAUGAACACGAUGAUGUGUAACAAGUGCCAGGGGAAGCACAGGAGGUUUGAGAUGGACCGUGAUCCACUGAAUGCCCGUUACUGUGCAGAGUGUAGCAAGUUCCAUGCAGCUGAGGAGGGUGACUUCUGGGCUGAAUCCAGCAUGCUCGGGCUGAAGAUCACAUAUUUUGCCCUGAUGGAUGGGAAGGUUUAUGACAUCACAGAAUGGGCUGGCUGCCAGCGAGUGUCAAUCUCCCCAGAUACUCAUCGGGUUCCGUAUCACAUAUCUUUUGGCUCAAGGGGCUCUGGAGGACGACAGAGAGCCGCUUCGGAUGGCAGUCCUGCAUCCGCUGCAGACCUACAAGACUUUUUCAGCCGCAUCUUUCAAGGAAAUCCUGGACAGAUGCCGAACGGGAACCUUUUCAGCACCCCCCAGCCACCAUCCUCAGGGGGCGUGCCAACUCCUCCAUCAAAGGCCGACACUGCUUCCCAGAAGGGAGAUUCAAAACAAAAACGGCGGAAAAAAGUGCGACGCCCCUUCCAGCGCUGACGGCGCAAGGCUCAGUGAAAUCUCCCAGGCCUGUGUGGAUGUUGGGCCUUUCAUCAGGUAGAAAAAGGGCUGUUUCGAAAGGGGAAAAGUAUGUUUUCGUUAGUGUCAAAAAUCCAGAUGAUUCAGGAACCUCUGGACGAAUCAAUAAUCCAGUAACUUCCAGCUGGAAAAAGACACUUUCUUCUCUCCCGUAAACGUUGACACAGAUCCUGUGAUACCAAAGAACUCCGGUGGAUGGCUUCCUGGAGGUGUCAUAAUGAAGGUGUGGGCUGGCCAGAUGCAGGUCAGCAGUGCGGCAUUUACUGAGCCAUGAGACCUCUUUGAGAUGACGUUCUCAACGGGAUGCUUCCACACUCGUCCAGCUUUCUCUUCAGCAGGUGUUUGACUAGAACCAGCGAGUAUUACCUGGUGGUCCAGCUUCUUCCUCAUGGAUGGAAUGGAACCUCUUCCCCUGUUUGCCCCACUUAUCCUGCUGUCAAAGACUUUCCAGAUGUCUUGAUGCUAAGAGAAAAGCCAAGACCUCCGAGGCAGCUUAGUUUGCCAGGAAAGAAUUUGGUUUGACUGGUGGUAAUUUGAUGAUGUCCCCGUGCCUCGUUGCUGUGCAAGAUCAGCAAUAGUCCUCUUUCCACAUGGUGGAUGCUCUGCCAGUUGAACUAGAAAAAGUGAAAAAAUGAAGCAUACUUCAUGCUAAAAAAAAAAUAAAGUGGAUUGCGCAGUGAGCAAAGGACCCCCAGCAAGACUCCAAGCGUAAUAAAGUUAAGAGGAGACGCACCCUUGUUCCUGUUGUGCAGACCCUGCACAAACCCAGUGCAGAUACGAUGAUGCCAAAGCAGCUCUCCCCUCCUGCUUUGAAGCCCAGAUGCUCCCUGGUUCUGUUGCGAGGCUGUCGAGAAGGUGCUUUUCACCUUUCCCACAACUAAAGGGCAAACGACCGUUCGGGCUCUGAACACAAAGUGACUCUUUCCGACAGAUCAGUUCCAAGUCUUUUGUCUUUUCUAAGGCGCUUGAAUUGCUCUGCCCCAGUCCUGGAAAGCACCAGCUGCCUGCCUGGGCUGUCCCAGAGCUUUUUUUCCCCCCAUAGAGGCCAGAUCAAGCCAGUUAAGUAACUGGCAGUUUAGGCCCCAAGGGUUAGCAUGGAUGGUCAGCUCUGUAGCCGUCCAACCUGUUUUAUUGAAGGUUACUUUUUUAAAAGAAGUUAAUAUUUGUAUGUACAUACAUAUAUUUAAUACCAUGUGUAUUUCCCUUUCUAUAAAUAUAUAUAAAUGCCUUGGA